UGAUCGCAGCAGUGGAGAGACACUGGAGGGAGAUACGGCUGCUUCCUUAUUCAGACGGUAAUCGGCGGAAGCGUUUUGCGUUGUUAAAAAAACAAACACAGGAAGCCCCAGCCCCGGGAAACUAAAACGCCCGUCUCUCCGAAGACAUCUGGGGCUAUUAACCACCAAACAGACUGAAAAGGAAAUAGGAAACUGAAACAACAUGGAAAAGCUGACUGCAGGAGCCGGAGGAGGCGGCUAUAGCUCAGAGCAGGGAUCAGCUGUUACCGGAGUCGCUAGGAAACCACCCAGACCACGAGGAGCAGGAGUGGGGUCAUCCAGGCAGCCCAGCGUGGAGACCUUGGAGAGCCCCCCAGGAUCACAUGUGGAAUGGUGUAGACAGCUGAUAGCAGCCACAAUCUCCAGUCAGAUCGCUGGCCCUGUGUCGUCCGAGGCAAUCUCCCGGGAUUACAAGGUUGGUUGGAGGCCUGAUCUGAGGGUAUCCAAGAGGCCUCCUGUGCCGGCACCCAAGAGGCCUCCUCUGCAGGACUGUCCAGAUGGACCCAACAGCUAUCACUCAGACACUGACCCCGAGCUCGCAACUCAAACCUUGGCUCUGAGGGACGGGAACAGACUGGCACAAAUGGAAGAGGCGCCAUGCUUUCCUGGGGAGUCCAUCAAAGCCAUCGCUAAAGAUGUGAUGUAUAUCUGCCCUUUCACUGGAGCGGUUAGUGGGACACUCACUGUGACUGAUUACAAACUUUACUUCAAGAGCCUGGAACGGGAGCCACCGUUUAUCCUGGAGGUUAAUCUGGGAGUGAUAAGUCGACUGGAAACCAUAGGAGUCCAGAGCCAUGGGGAGAACUCAUGUGGGAUGGAGAUUGUGUGCAAGGAUAUGAGAAACCCACGCUUCGCUUACAAACAGGAAGAGCAGUGCAAACUGGAGAUCUUUGAAAACCUCAACAAACAUGCGUUUCCUGUUUCCAGUAACCUACCCCUCUUUGCGUUCCUCUAUAAGGAGAAGUUUCCCGUUGACGGCUGGAAAGUGUACGACCCUGUAGCUGAGUAUAAAAGACAGGGUCUGCCGAAUGAGAGCUGGACAAUAAGUAAAGUGAACCUCAACUAUGAAUUGUGUGACACCUACCCUGCUCUCCUGGUCAUCCCCACCAGCAUCAAGGACGAGGAUCUCAGGAGAGUGGUGGCGUUCAGAGCCAAGCAUCGCAUUCCUGUUUUAUCAUGGAUCCACCCGGAGAGCCAGGCUACCAUCACCCGCUGCAGCCAACCCUUGGUGGGGCCCAGCGACAAGCGCUGCAUAGAGGAUGAGAAGUACCUGCAGACCAUCAUGGAUGCUAACGCCCAGUCUCACAAACUCACCAUCUUUGAUGCCAGGCAGAACAGCGUUGCGGACACAAACAAGGCUAAAGAGGGCGGGUAUGAGAGUGAGAGUUUCUACACCAACGCUGAGCUGACCUUUUUAGAAAUCCCCAACAUCCACGUGAUGAGAGAGUCCCUUCGCAAGCUGAAGGAAGUAACUUACCCAGUCAUCGACGAGGCCAAGUGGCUCUCCAACGUGGAUUCAACCCACUGGCUGGAGUACAUACGGUUGCUUCUGACGGGCGCUGUGCGCAUCGCAGAUAAGAUGGAGUCAGGGAAGACCUCGGUGGUGGUGCACUGCAGCGAUGGCUGGGACCGCACGGCACAGCUCACCUCCCUGGCCAUGCUCAUGCUGGACAGCUACUAUAGGACCAUCAAGGGCUUCGAGGUGCUCAUUGAGAAGGAGUGGAUCAGCUUUGGACACAGGUUUGCAGUGCGUGUCGGCCAUGGAGAUGUGAACCACACGAACUCUGAGAGAUCCCCCAUCUUCGUGCAGUUCAUAGACUGUGUCUGGCAGAUGAUGAGGCAGUUUCCAGCUGCGUUUGAAUUCAACGAGCUGUUCCUCAUCACUAUCCUGGACCACCUGUACAGCUGCCUCUUUGGAACAUUCCUGUAUAACUCUGAACAGGAGAGAGUUAAGGCGGAGCUGCACACUAAAACAGUGUCCCUGUGGUCCUACAUUAACAGCCAGCCAGAGGAGUUCACCAACCCCUUCUAUGUGAACUAUGAGAACCAUGUUCUGUACCCUGUGGCCAGCCUGAGGCAUCUUGAGCUGUGGGUCAAUUACUACGUGCGCUGGAAUCCACACAUGAGACCACAGAUGCCAGUUCACCAGAACCUGAAAGAGCUGCUGGCGAUCCGCUCGGAGCUGCAGAAGAAGGUGGACGAGCUGCAUAGAGAGGCCAGCACCCGCUCCCUGUCCUCCUCCUCCGACCAGGGCUCAUCCCCUUCCCACUCUGCCACCCCCUUGCACACCACCGUGUGACAGGCAGGGACACACCGAGGCACCGCCGCACCUGUGCCAAUAGCAAAGAGGACCAACAAAGAGACAUGCUGGGUUCAUGAAAUAGUUAAAGUAGUUUUUUUUUUUUUGGUUAUUCAUGAAACUGCUGUGAAAGAAGCCAGAAGUACUCAGUUAUUCCUAGAAACAGAUUUUAAAAGUAACAUCCUUCAGUGAGGAUAUUUUAAAGUGGGCUGUAUAUUUAAAAUGUAUAUUGUUAUCUAAAUCAUCAUUCAGCUUGUGUCCGGGUGUUGGCAGUAGGUGUUGUGUACAAGACUCAUCAAGCUCACUCUGUCAUGCUUAUUUCUAUUUUGUUACAGGAUAUAAGAAGUCAUUAUUGAGAAUAAGGGAUAGUGCCAAAGGGAUAAAAGUCAUGACUAGCAGUCAUUUCUUUAAAAUACAGGCCAGCUGGCAUUGUGUUAGUAAAGCUCUUGCAAUUGAGUGCAUUGACUUUAAAUGUCCUGGACUGAAUAAGCAUGGCGCACUAUCGUUGAGGUCACUGCUGUUGAUGUACAGGUUAAAUGCCCUACUCUCUUAAUGUAUUUAUCUUGAAAAAAGGAUGCAUUAAGUUGCUGCCACUUUUUAAAUCAUGUGAAUAGUGUCCUCCUUGUCCUUUUACACAAGACUGUGGGACUCAAAGGGCACUGUUCUAUUGAUCUGAUGGUGAAGAUGUUUAUAUCUGCAGCUGUCUAGAUGACCUGAGCAGGUGAUCUACCUUCUUUGAUGUGCUUUUACAGUAUCCUCUCCCACACGUGCGCACAUGUGCCGUUCUUUUUAUUAUCGGGAGUCAAGCUUGAAACACACAAAUAUCUAUCGAAAUAUUCGUUUAGCAUUUUGUUCAGAAGAGUCUUGAAGAACACAGAGUGGUAUUCCCUGAACUUGUUGCCUAAUAAUAAUAAUAAUAAUAAUAAUAAUAAUAAUAAUAAAUUGUAAAGGUCAUUGGCCUAUAUGUUUAAAUAGUGUUUACAAAAAUAGUAGACGUGGACGCCAGAACUACAGGAAGCUUCCAGGUCUGAGUUGAGCCCUUGAUUUGAAGUGAAGGGCAGGUUAACAAACCUAUAUUAUAUUAGUAUUUUUAAAGGCAGUAGCAGCACCCGCUUUUGUAGUGAACGCAAAUGGAAAUGCAGCUGUUCUAGUGGAAUGUAUAGGGGUGUUAUGGCUAUUGUUAUAAACAGUAUGUGUUUGUGAUUCAAAUACAAAUGUUAUCUGUAGUCAAUCAAGCACAUUGUAAUGUGUAAUUGUUCUGUCAGUGGAACCUCUUGGCAAAUAGGGACAAGUUCCUUUUUUUAUUUUUAAUUCUAAUAUAUGCUCAUUUUUAUUUAUGAUAUUUAGUUAACUGUUACAUUGCACCUAAUGUGUUAUGUACAAUGUGUUAUUUCUGUGUGUACUGAUAUGUUUCCAAUGUGUGUCUUCCCAAGAAAAAGAUGUGCCAUAUCUUUGAGACUCUAAGAAAGUAUUAUAAAAACUUCAGACAUUCCUUGAUAUUUUAAA